ACCCCAGUCUCCAAUGAGAAGGGUCUCUUGUUCUUUGGCAUGGGAUCUUGGGCCUCUCUGUUCACAACUCCAAGGAAAGCCUUCUCCAGUCUCCAGGGGCAGGGACUCCAAGGCUGUGGGGCUGAAGGACUCUGUUCCUCUUAUUAGCUAUGGGCUCCUGCGUCUCCGCCUGCAAAGAAGACCAUUCGGAUUCUGCCAUGAGGUUUCCACUCGGAGUUGGCUCCAAGGCCACGGAGAGGGGUAUCAGUGGGAGGGCCUCGGCAGGGGAACUGAGUUCCAAGAGCAAGCCGGCGGAAUUCGGCGGUAAAGAGGAAACCUUCUUCGACUCACAUGCAUGGUUAGAUUCUGACGGCGAAGAUGAUUUUCUCAGUGUUAGUGGAGAUUUCACUCCUGCACGAGGCAGUACUCCAAACUCUCAGAUCAGCACCCCUGGGACACCACGACAGAAUAAGGCCUCCUCCGACAACACAUUUCGUGACAAGAAAUCUGAACCUUUGCCAACUGAUAGGAAACAGAAACUUGUUGACCUUCUCCAGGAGAACCAGCAAGGUGAACAGGUGGGGACUGAGCAAUAUGCAAUCAAUGGCAAGCUCAAAACAAAUGGAAAACCAGAAAAUUGCAAUGUUGAUGCUGAUCAGAUUCCAAGAUCACGGAAUAGAAAUCCCUAUCAGUCUGGAACUAAUUCUGCUUGCAGUAGUGACUUGACUUCAGUUAGAGAUAUGAAACACCACAGAGAGGAAACGGCGAAGUCUCAACAGUAUUGCCUGCCAACCUUAUUUCAGAGUCUUGGAUUCAGCAACAAGAGGAGGAGGAGGAGGAAGAAGAAGAAGAAGAAGAGCCCUGCAUGCUGAACUGAAUGAUAAGACUAUAAGUGAUCAUUAUGUUUGCAUCGAAAGGUAUGAUGUGGUACACCUUGAGGAAUCAUGCUGGAUAUGAGAAACUUAACAGAGUUUCUUGCUCACUUGAAAGUUUUCUCCAUUUGUAGUUCAUAUCACAAGAAUCAUGAUAAAACCAAAGAUUGUUGUAAGGUUCGUAUAGGUCGAAAUAUUGUUGGUGUGGUUUACAGUCCAUACUGUUAAACCGGUUGCUUGAUCAAUUUCAAAGAUAUACUUUAAGUUGUUUUUGGUAGUUUCUGUAAACAUUUUCUACCAUUCCAAAGCAUUUAAGGAUGCACAGAAACUGAUUAGGGUACAUGGAGAGGUACCUUUUAUUGUUUUCAUUGUUCAAGUUUCUUCAUGUUUCUGCCAUCUUAAAGUUUA